ACAUUUGAUCCGCCGAUCUUGAAACCUCUCCUUCUUCUGUCUGCCUUGCCCCAGGCCAUGGCGGCCUACACUUUAUAGUGAUCAAGAACUCAACACUCGGGGAGAAGCAUUCGAGGACAUCGCAGCCUGACCAUGAACUGUCGUGGCAUCGGCGAGUGUUUCGGGACCUCUCCUCGGUCUUCGCUUCUCCUGGCUGCUCUGAUUCUGUUGCUGCAAACGGACUUCACUUGGUCGUCUUACUUCGACGAGAACGGCAACUAUGUGAUGUGCGGCACCACCCCCGAGAUGCUGGGCCCUCGACUGACUCUCAAGAUUAGAGGAGGACUGGACAUGCUGCAAAAACUUCCCAGACAGGAUUGCAGCAAGAGGACAACCGAGGAGGAUCGUUAUCGGACCUACGACGGAACGUGUAACAACCCCGGCAACCGUGGCGCCACCUUCUCCUUCCUCAAGCGCCUCGUGCCGCCAGCAUACCACGAAUCUAACGGGCCCCGACAAUAUGGGAAAGACUUCAAGAAGUUGCCCAACCCUCGUCUGGUGAGCCGCACAAUACACACCGGCAAAAGCGACCCCAGCAACCACACACUGCUUGUCAUGCAGAUAGGACAGCUCCUCGACCAUGACCUCAGUGUCAUCGGGGUGCCCACGGAGAAAGACAAAACAAUCAAGUGUUGUGGUGUUCCCCUUGACAAGCGAAUUUCAGUAAGUUCAGAGCCUGUGACUUUGCAUGAUUGCCUUCCAAUUGAAAUCCCACCUGGCGACCUCUACUUCAAGGACUGCAUGGAGUUUGUCCGCUCGGAGCCCGCGCGCCUGAGGAAUGGCUCCAUCAUCAACCCACGUCGUCACGAGAACGUCCUCACCUCCUUCAUAGAUGCCUCCAUGGUCUACGGCAGCGACCUGUCCAAAGUUCUCCAACUGCGAGACAAUGGCGGCAAGGAGGCGCUGCUCAAGACCUCGUUCUACCGAGGCAAGGAACGUCUUCCUCAAGGAAAGCCGGACGUGUGCAUCAACGAUGGUCCCGACCAUUACUGUGCGCUGGCUGGCGACGACCGAGUGAACGAGCAGCCAGGCCUGACCGCCAUCCACACGGUGUUUCACCUCGAGCACAAUCGUCUGGUAAGAAAAUUAGUAGCCGACAUUUUGGUGGCUCAGGGGCGACGAAGCACACCACUUGACAUCGCAGCCUACAUAAAAACAGCGCCACUGCUCGUGAAGGAAAAACUGUUCCAGACGGUGCGCAAGAUCCUCAUUGCGGUAUGGCAGAAAGUAGUGUACGGCGAGUACCUUCCUAUCAUCCUGGGACCAGACAUCAUGACCAAGUUCCAGCUCUGGACGGGGAGCAGGGUGAACUUUGACCCCCACGUAGACCCCUCUAUAUCCAAUGCCUUCUCCUCGGCUGCCUUCCGCUUCGGCCACACGCUUAUCGCCAACGUCUUCCAUAUGGACAAAGAUCACAUCCUGAAGGAUAUGUUCAGUGAAUCGUCUCACAUCUUGGAGAAGUACGAAUCAAUGUGUGAGGGUCUGGUCAGCUGGAACAAUGCGGCCGAAACUUUCAACAGACAUCUAGCCGACUCCAUCACCAAUCACCUCUUUGCAAACAACAGGAUGAACAAGACGGGCCUGGACCUCGCUUCUCUAAACCUGCAGCGAGGUCGAGAUCAUGGGACAGCAGGCAUCAACGCCUACCGUAAAUAUUUUGGACUGAGACCAUAUCAAAUUUCAACCAGUUUUGGGACUGCGCUGUCGAUCUUCGAACCCUCUACAGCCAUCCAGAUGACGUUGACCUCUUCACUGGUGGCACGUGCGAAAGGUCAGUCAAGAAAGGAAUCGUCGGCGAGACCUUUGCUCACAUCCUGGGUCAGCAGUUCCACGACCUCAAGUUUGGAGACAAAUAUUUCUUUGAGACAAGCGACCAGCGUUACGGGUUCACCACAGCUCAACUUAUUUCCAUAACGAAACUAUCGAUGAGCAAGAUCCUGUGUAGCAAUGGCGGUAUCAGCUAUAUCCAAGAAAAGCCUUUUCAUCAAGCCAACUACUAUUACAACCCUCUUGUACCCUGUGAUGAGCUCCCAGAUAUUGACCUGACCUAUUGGGUGUCAGAGUUCUCCUACUAACAGAAAGCCAUGGCCAACAGAAAAGAAUCAACAUAGCAGGCCUGCAAGAGAAGACAGGUUUCAUUUUAAAGAAUUUAAAAUUUAAGAAAUAUAUAGAAAGAAUGGCAGGAAGUGUAUAAUGUUCUGCUCACUCACUGGACACUGUUAAGGUCUUGCAAAACAUUAUUUGUUGCCAACAGAAUAAUUCCAGUUUACUGGCACCUGUUUUGUUGCUUCAAAGAUUACUGAACAAGAGACCAUGAAGCAUGUAACAUCAUCUGCAUUCCUUGACAAAUUUGUCAUCACUGUAUGAGGUCAUUAAGUACAAAAUCAAAUUCUUUAAUAUGUUAAUGAAAAAUUGUGUUUCUAUUGUCAAGAACAUCAUUAUGCUAAGCCUUCUAGUGCACAAUAAUGAUUAUUAUUAACUGGCUUUAUUAUGGUUGUUAAAGGCUUCAACAAAUUGCAACACGGUGUGAGAUAUUGUGAUUGAUCGUGGCACCUUAUGUCAUAAAGUAACAGCAAUUAUAAGAAUUCAAUUAAAAAUAAAUUAUCCUUU